AGAUGAGAAUAAAGGAAAGUUCUAGUGCUUUAACAACUCAAGUACCAAACUCUAGGAUCUUCUUUGUUCUUCAUUCAUCCCUUUAAAAUAGCAAGAACAUAUUAUAACACAAACCACUACACUAAGUAAGAAAAAAUCAAGAAAAAUGGGAGAAGAAGUGAUAUUGUUGGACUACUGGUCAAGUCCAUUUGGGAUGAGAGUUAGGAUUGCAUUAGCUGAAAAAGAUGUAGAGUAUGAAGAAAGAGAAGAAAAUCUUAACAACAAAAGUCCACUUCUUUUGAAGAUGAAUCCUGUUCACAAGCAAAUCCCUGUUUUGAUUCACAAAGGGAAGCCUGUGUGUGAAUCUAUGAUCAUUGUUCAAUAUAUUGAUGAAGUUUGGGCACAUAAGGCUCCCCUAUUGCCCUCUAAUCCUUAUCAGAGGGUGAAUGCUCGGUUUUGGGCUGACUACAUUGACAAGAAAAUAUACAACAUAGGGAAGUUAGUGUGGGCUUCUGAAGGUGAAGUGCAAGAGGCAGCAAAGAGGGAACUAGUGGUGUGCUUCAAAUUGUUGGAGGCCGAGCUUGGUAACAACCGUUUCUUUGGAGGCGAAAAUCUAAACAUUGUUGAUAUAGCUCUUAUACCAUUUUACAGUUGGUUUUAUGCCCUCGAAACGUGCGGCAACUUCAGCCUUGUGGAAGAAUGUCCACACUUGGUGGCGUGGGCUAAGAGGUGCAUGGAAAGAGAGAGCGUUUCCAAGUCUCUUCCCGAUCAAUACAAAGUUUAUACUCACCUUUUGGAGCUAAGGAAGCAGCAUCUUGCUGAACUCAAAGGCUAAUGAAACUUACUGUACCAUGUAAUUUAGGGUGCCUUUUGUUUUAUUUUGUUUGUUUUUUUUUUUCUCUUCUAAUGUUUUUGUUAAUGUUUACAGUUUACCAAUUAUCAUCUAAACUUUCUAGGUUUGAAAAUUAUGAUAUUCUACCAAUGUUUAUGUAGACACCUAAAUCGCGAAACAUGUACCUCUUAUUAAGAGUAAUGAGUAUGCAAGCCUUGUAAAUGUGUUUCUUCAAUAUUAGUAUAGUUUACCUUGUUUUA